AUGGCAGCACCACAGUUUCGGCUGUACUCCGAGCGGGCUGCAAAGUUCGAGCCAAAAUUCGAGACCUCACUUGGCACGACCACGAUGGCGCCGCCACCGCCUCCGAAAGUAAAGGCCACCGGGGGCCACGGGGUGGAAAACAUUUUUGAGGACUACUGCGCUAACAGUUCGAUCCAUGGAUUCAAGUACUUCGUAGGCGCCCACCGAACCCUGGCAGAGAAAGCCUGGUGGGUGAUUGUGUGCAUCCUGUCGGUCUACUUCUGUGGCCAGCUGAUCGAAACGGUCUACGAAAAGUGGCGCCGCAGUCCGGUGGUGGUGACGUUCGCCGAAAAGCUAACCCCGGUCUACGAUGUCCCGUUCCCGGCCGUCACGGUGUGCCCGGUGACGAAGGUGAAGAUGGCAACACUCAACUUUACCGCCGCCUAUCAGGCGCUCACGUACGGUGAUAACGAUAGCAUGCUCACCGAUGAAGUCAUCGACCAGGUUCUGGCGAUGGUGCAGGUGUGUGACUUUUCGUUCAGCAACCUACCGUUUAAUCACACGUACGACGACAACCUGGUCUCCAUCAUCCAGCGCAUGGCGAUCCCGUUCGGCGAGAUGUUCCUGAUGUGCGUCUGGAAGAACCGCCAGGUGAACUGCAGCGAACUGUUCAAGCCAACGCUGACCGAGAGCGGUAUCUGUUACACGUUCAACGGGAUGUCGGCCGAGGAGCUGCUCCGGACGGACCAGUUCCACCAGGAGUUCGAGCACCUGGGCGAGACGCGAUCGGCCGCCAACUGGACGAUGGAGGAUGGGUAUCACCCGCGGGUUGGCGUUAGCACGUACCCGCGCCGCGUGCUGAGUGCUGGCGCCCAGUCCGGUAUGCUGAUCUUCUUGAAAACGGACAAAGCCGAUAUGGACUUCCUGUGCGGGAACUCUUUCCAGGGCUACCAGGUACAGCUGCACAGCCCGAACACGUGUCCGCAGAUCUCCACCCAGAACAUCCGCGUCCCGCUGAACCACGCGUUCCAGGUGCGUGUGGAACCGUUCAUGAUCACCACGACGGCCGCGGUACGAUCGUACAGUGUUGACAACCGGCUCUGUUACUACAGCCACGAGCGGUACCUACGCUUCUUCGCCAUCUACACCAAGCGGAGCUGCGAGGUGGAGUGUUUGGCCAACUUCACGCUGUACCUGUGCGGUUGUGUCCACUUCUCGAUGCCCCGUCCGGCCGGUGUCCGCAUUUGCGGGCUCGGAAAGAAGAAGUGCGUCGAGGAGGCUGAAAUCUAUCUCCAGGAGCAAGCCAUGGGCGGGGCGGUGGAGUCCGGUGGGUCGAUUCCGAGGGUGCUCAGCUCAUGCCGAUGUCUGCCGUCGUGCACUUUUCUUCAGUAUAACGCCGAAAUAUCGCAAUCCCCGUUCGAGUGGCGCCGGCUUACCGAUGCGAUGGGACUGUUUCCGAACGAGCUGAAAAAUGCCGGACUGUCCACGAUGAACAUUUACUUCAAGGAGUCACAGUUCAUCACCAUCAAGCGCAACCAACUGUUCGAGCUGAACGACUUCAUCGCCAACUGCGGUGGGCUGCUCGGGCUGUUUAUGGGCGUCAGCCUGCUGAGCAUCGUCGAGGUGCUGUACUUUUUCACCCUCAAGCCGUUGGUCAACUACUUCUGGCGUCGCGAAAAGCGGCCCACGGUUUCCACCGUGGCACCGAGCGACCCCCACACACCUAGCUACGCUUUGCGCACGUUUUUGAGGGAUGCUGCUUGA